CUCUGCACCAAUAAUUAUUUUUCAUUUUAUUCUUUUAUUCACUAAAAAAAAUUUAUUAAAAAAACGGGGACAAACUUGGUUCUAUAAAAUUUAUAAGACUUGUACCUAAAUCUUAAACAAACACUUCUUCUCUAUCUACUGAAAUUCAUCUCAAAUUUGUCAUCAGUUCAUUCCAAUCUUUUUCUUGUUAUCUAUCUUGCAAUGGCAGCAGCAAAGGAUGUGAAGCUUCUGGGAGCACGUCCAAGCCCUUUCGUGAACCGGGUUCAAUUUGCCCUGAAUCUCAAGUCGAUUGACUACGAGUUCAUUCCCACAAAUCCCAUGGCAAAAACUGAGCUCCUUCUCAAGUCCAACCCAAUUCACAAGAAGAUCCCAGUUUUCUUCCAUGGCGAUAAGACCAUCUGCGAAUCACUUGUGAUUGUGCAAUACAUUGAUGAAGCCUUUCCGGAUGGUCCUUCGAUUCUUCCUUCUGAUCCCCACGAUCGGUCAACGGCUCGCUUUUGGGCUGCUUAUAUUGAUGACAAGUGGUUCCCAUUGUUUAGGUCAUUGAGGGAUGCAAAAGAAGAAGAGUCAAAGGCUGAAAUUGUGGAGAAAAUAUCACAAGGUGUAAAACCGUUGGAGGAUGCUUUUGUGAAAUUGAGUAGUGGAAAGGGAUUUUUCGGUGGAGACACAAUUGGUUACGUCGACAUUGUUUUGGGUUGCUUUUUGGGAUGGCUUAAAGUUAAUGAGACGAUUUCAAACUUCAAAAUAUUUGAUGAAACCAAGACUCCAGCCCUUGCGGAGUGGAGUGAGAGGUUUAAGAAUCAUGAAGCUGUUAAGGGAACUCUUCCUGAGACUGAAGAGCUCUUCAACAUUCUCAAAAUGAUGCAAGCUGCUCAGGCUGCUGCCCAAUCUGAAGCUUCCAAGUGAUCAAGUCAGCCCAGUGGUUCUUUUUUUAAUCCAGUUUCAAUACCACACAUCAUUGAUUCUGGAAUGAUACAAAUUUGUACUACUCCUGAAACAUUUUCUUUGCUUUUUUUUCCCUUCCAUUUCCAUUUCCAUUCUGAAGUUUUCUGUUCCAUCUACAAUUACACUACUUUUUGGGUUACACGAACAAAGCAUAAAGUUUGAGUCUUGAGCUCCAGCUUAAUAAUCCAUGAACAGAAAGGAAAAGAACAAUUGAAGCUAUAUUACAAUCAAAAAAGGUAAAACCUAUCAAACAAUAUCACUCCCCCAGAAAUGAAAACAAAUCUCAAAUGGCAUGAAGCUUAGGAGAUUUUCUCCUGCUUUCAUUUAAUUAUUGUUGAGGCAAAUAUAUCUCUGUUCAAAAUCAGUUUUCUAUUUUUCUCUUGGACAUCACUGCAGUGAUGAAAUCAUCAAUAGCUUGGACAGAAGAACCCUUAUAGCCUUCCUCUUCCCGGACAGAAUCUCUUAUUAAUUUUCCAACCCCAGCAGCCUUUUUCCUCAUUUCAUGUCCCCUUCCUUCUUUAUCAAGUACCAUUUCUAUGACCUUCUUCACAUCCCCUGGCUCCAAAAUCCUUUGCAGUCCCCUGCAUAACUCCACACCCACUCCCAUAUCCUCCAUUAACAUCUUCGAAUUGUACCCUUGUUCAGCUGCAAUUGGCCACCCAAUAAUGGGCACCCCUAGGCUCAAACUCUCCAUGAUUGAAUUCCAUCCACAGUGACUCAGAAAUGCCGCAGUUGAUUUGUGGCUCAGAAUCUCCAACUGGGGUGCCCAUUUAUACACAAGCAAACCUUGGUUGGUUCUUGACGUUCUUUCUUCAAAACCUUCUGGUAACCAUUCUGCUUUGAAUUCACCUUUUGGAUCAAAUCCAACUGGAGGCCUUAUCAACCAAAGGAAUGGCUUUCUACUCUCUUCCAACCCCCUGGCUAAUGCCAUCAUCUGAGUAGGACUAAUGCUGUUUUGAGAACCAAAACAGAUGUAGAGAACAGAGCACUCAGUUUGUAAAUCAAGCCAUUCCAGACAUUUCUGAUUAGGCAAAUCCGGUUCUCUUCCUCUGAGAUGAUGCAUGGAAAGUUGAUCAUCUGGCUUUUUGUCGUUGAGCAACUUUAGUGGAAUAAGUGGCCCAAUGCACCAGACAGGAAGUUUUGUAUUCUUUCGUAGUACACCUAAUCCCAGAGGUUCAACUUCCUCCACAGCAUUGCACAACCACCCAAAAGAUCUCAGGGAAUUUGAUAUCUGUGGCCGGAAAAACAUUGACCACUCAUCUGUUCCGUCUGCAGCUUGAAGAAACCGAUGUAAAUGCGAGAUAUGGAACUUGCAAGAAUCAGGAAAACCAGGAACAACAAACUCAUCUUUCCCGGAAGAACGGUGAGGCAGAUUUUGCCAGAUUGAGACGUAGGCAGCAGUUCCAUAAGCACCACCGGUGGUGAAACUCACAUGAACCGUAUCAAAAUCUCUUGCAACAUCCACCGACCACCCUGUAAAUACAUCAGAGAUAAUGCAUAGUGGAGGAUUUCCAUCUUUUUGUAUGAUCUCUGAGAUGAGAUUCCGGAAGGGAACUUCAAGUGCAGAUCCAGCAUGAAAGAGCUUAAUGAUUUUGUCAAAAGGUAAGGCUUCAGAGUUUUCAACAUUAGGUGGCAACCCAUGGGAAGCGCCAUCAAAAGGAAGGGAUUCCAAGUGAAUGUCUGGAGUUUGAAGGGAUGAGUCCUUGGAAAUGGAAGUUUUGAGGUUGUUGAUGUUAAGAGGGGUGGUAGCCAGAGUGAUGGUGAAGCCAUAUCUUUGUUGAAUUUUCUUGGCUAAUGCUAAGAAAGGGAUGAUAUGGCCUUGAGCCAUGAAUGGUAGCAUUACUAUAUGCUCCUUCGACCUUGCCAUCUUAACGAGUGAGUGGUGAUCUAAGGAAGUAUUUGAAGUUUCAAUAGCAAAAUCUCUUCAUGAAGUAGACCUUAAAGAUAUAGAAUUGCAUAACCAUUCUGAAACAACUUAGGUGGGUAUCUUUUUCAUUAGCCUUUUUCAGCAUCUUUUGUCCUCAAUUUUAUGUCUUAUUAUUGUACCCAAAAAAAUAAAAUAAAAGUGGCGUGGCUCAAUAACCAAAAGGGUCAUGAUAGAGCGGUAAGGACUCCUCCACUCUUAAUCGGGUCAUGAUAGAGCGGUAAGGACUCCUCCACUCUUAAUCAUAGGUUGAUGGUUCGAAUUUUGUCAUGGGCAUGGAACAACCUUAAAUCCGUUGAACAGUUCUCCUACCCAAAAGUGGCGUGGCUCAAUAAAUAAAGAAGCAGUUGCAACAUAUUCUGGGUUCACGUGUUAAAAUAUGAAAAUCUGUGCUUGUAGUUUAGUCCCAAUAAAUUUCAAUUAAGACAUACCAAUUAUGAAAAUAGUUGAAAUCAAGAAGUGAAAGUACACCCCUCGUUCCAAGUAAAUUCUAAACUAUAGCAUCAAUACAUGAAUCAACUAGAAUUAUGUUUUCGAAAAAAUCAAUUGUAUGCGAAUUUUACAUCAGAAGAAUGUUGAAACAACGUAAAAGUUAUGAACACCCUAUCUCAAUUAAUACGUGGUUGUGUCGUGCUAUUUAACUUGAGUUCAUAGAUAAAUUACUUUUUAAAUGCAUUUAAUGAUGAAUUUUGAUUACGAGAUACUAAUCUUUAAAUUGGUUUGAGUACA